UGGAGAGACAAAUCAAGAUACCUCAGAACCUUUGGCUGACUCUAUGGUACUACGUAUGAUUAAAAAAAAUCAGCAGCUGCCGAUGAUUUCCCCAACACGAAAUCUGGACCGUUGGUUUCAAUGGGCAGCCUCUCUGGAGUGCAGGUUUUCCAGUGAGGAUAUACGGACAAGGAGCAGAGCCACGGGCCACCAGGGAUGGCGACGAACGUCCCCAGAGCAAACCUGUAGUCAUCGGAGAAAACCCAAUGCACAUGGUGAGUAUCUAUCAAGGCCAGGGGACGAACGGCCAAUAUCCCUCAAGGGUCACUUGGAGCAAUCCAACUCACUUCCCGGGUGGACGAACGUCCCCAGUGAUCCGGCGGGAAACCUAGAUUCUGGCGGGAAGUGCAUUUAAUGCUAAAGAUUUGGUAGUUGGGACACCAGCGGUCCACAGGCUGCCACGUCAGUACAGCUACCUGCCCAUUGGCGGGUAUAAAUAGAAGCAUUUAUUUCAUUGUAAGGGGUUGGCAACUUUAUAUUCUUAGCAUACUAGCU